AUGGCUGUUGAACAAAUAAAGAAAGUGAUCAUAUCAUUUUGUUUGCUUUUAUCAGUGAGCUUGGUUAUGAGUCAGCAAUGUUUUCCUGUAGAAUGCAAGCUAGAUAACCAGCAUUUUUCAAGCGACACCUGUGCAUUUUGGGACGAUGAUGCCAAGACCUAUUAUUUGCAAGGAUGCAGCUCUUCUUCAUCUUGCUCAGGAUUUAGCAUCAGCAAAGGCAUUAAUUUUACUUGUACCGCAAACCCUACCACUAGUGUGUUGAAAUGGCCAGGAGAAAAGUGCACGAUAACAGAUUCCACAAGUAAUUGCAAUACUCAAUAUGCUACUGGCGGGUGUGUAAGCGGAGUAUGCCAAGGCCAAAAAGAGGGAGGAACUUGCUCAGUAAACGAUGACUGCAACCCAGGACUAUAUUGCGACACAGCUCUAAGGUGCGUCUCACAGGUAGGGAUUGGAGGUGAAUGCCAAAAUGAUUAUCAAUGUGUAAACUCAGCAGGAUGCAAUAAAACCUCUACAGAAACAUAUGGAACCUGUGUAGCCUAUUUUAACAUCUCUUCUCAUGAUCCUAUAGCUGAGUGCCCAGUAGGUGAAUACACUAACUAUUUAUGCUCAUCGUCUCUCUGUGAUACUACAAAUAAUGGAGAGAAUUAUUGCUUGAGCUCAAUAACUUCGAAAUUUGGGAGUCUUCUUCCAGUCAUUUGUCAAGAAUCCUCAGAAUGUGUCUCAAGCACUGAUUCAAAAGACGGCGCAUAUUUGACAGGACAAUGCAUUUGCGGCUAUAACAAAUUAGGAUACGGAUUUUGCAAUCAAUACCCAGGAGACCCAGACUACGCUCAUUUACUCUUAAUGUGGAAGAAAUGGCUGUGGUCAUCAGCUGCGAAUAACUGCAACACAAAUAGAAGAAGAUCAGCUGUUUGCAUGGCAGAUUGGUGGGAUACGACUGACUACACAAUGCUGCAGUAUUUCAAUUUGAAAGUAACUAAUUGGCCUUAUAUUCAGAUGAAUGAUAACUGCACUCAAAGUGUUCUGAUGGCUCAAUAUUAUCAAGCACAACAAGCGUAUAAUGCACUUCGUAACACAACAGAUCCUGACGAGCAUGGCGAUAGCUCAAGUUUGAUCUUAAUAGGAUCAGCGUUCAUGCUAUUAACAUAUGCUUAA